AUGAUGCGAUCCGGCCGUCAAAGGAAUGACAAGAACUCCUUGCCCACUCCCACAACCACCGUUCAAAAACAACGAUUAGCUCAAAGCCAAUCUAACCCAGUCCACACAAACCGCCCCAACAAGCGAGCACAUUUUGACAACGACGACGACAUGGAUUUCGAGGACGAAGACGACGACCUUGAUAACGACCUCACUGAAGCUACACCCGAUUCCACUGACACCGAUUCAUUGAUAACCCCCAACCUAACAAACUAUCACGAACUUGGCAUGCAAUGGGGUCCUUCGCGAGCCGAAAAGCACCUCGCCGACCUCAAGCUACACAAGAACAACCAAAUGUCAGGCAUGGGGCUCUAUGAGGCACAAGCCCUCCAAUCGCAAUACGAGUUAGAUAAAACAAUGCUAUGCAUUGUCUUGAAGGUCAGCAGAAGAGUCAUGGACGACGCGCUGUUAGAAGGCCCCCUCGCACGCGAGCCAAACAUGUAUAACAAUUAUCAAACAUAUAGUAAGGUUGCCACCUUGACUUCCAUGCCACCCAAGGGAGUUUCCGAAGGCUUUAGCGAACGCAAUAAGAUUGUAGGUUCAACUUGGUCAACAUACGUUGAUGAAGAGCAAGAUGUCUUUACCCCCAGGCUCUUUGAGCGCCUCUGCGUAGCAACCAGUGAGGCGUAUGCACUCACCACAACUCCGCUUGGGAUCUCAGCUUCGGUCGCUGUUCAAGAAGCAACCCCUGAUACCCGUCCUUCCGAUCUCGAACCACUGACCCAGGAGGAACUCGAAACCUACGUACCAAUAUUCGAACGCUUGGUUAAUUUACAAAAAGUUUUGCGUGACCUCCACCAGGGACGACUUUGGAGACACAGCGGCAAAUCAACCAACCGGUCAUCUGAGCUGCUAAUGAGGCGCGAAAUUAGUAAGAUCAUUCGUCAGCUUAAUGUAUUGGUGCAUCAUUUCAACUUACAAUUCCACCUGAUGAUUGCAUGUUGGAACCCGGGCACCUCCAACGCCCGAGCCCUCUACCAGUCUGAGCAUACAUCAUGUGAAAGAUGGGUUUGGCUACAACAGAAAAAGCAUCUUCUGGAGUGUUUUACCUUCGAAUCUACCAAGGCGCCGGGGCAUCUCCGAGCGCAACAUGGUGACCCCAAGCCGCAAACAGAAUCCGCAGCCCGACAAGCUGCAAAGCGAUCCGAACUAGCGACGUCCCUAAAUGAUCUAAUAGCAGCUCCUUACCUUACCGGUGGGUAUAAGGGCAAAGGAGAUGCUCACCCCAAGUGUUCGAAUUUGGGUGAAGCUUUUGCCAAGAAGAAUUUCCAAGGCAACGUGGCUCUUGGCUUUCACUGUACCUCUGACAGCCAGGUGACCGACGAGAUGAUAUCGAAGGGUCCCGGCUGUCUUACCAAUGACGAAGUGGAAGCGUGGCUCAAAGAUAUUGAAUCAAACAAUUACACUAUUAUCAAGGUGGAGAACACCAAGACAAAGAAACGUAAGACCAAGAAACGUGAAAAAAACGACCAAUUAACUGCUGCAGAGGCCGCCCUAGAUGACGAGGAAACAAUACCCGAGAAAGAGUUGCAGCCGACCUCUUUGAAGAGCAAAUCCCGACCCGCAGUUCUUGACGAUCAAAGCCUAGAUCCAAGCCUAGAGGAGCUGUAG